ACGCGUUGCCUAACGGCCGGCCGUUCCCAUUUGUCCCUCAGCGGCCCCCGUUGGAGUUGCGGGAAGGCGUGGACGUUGUGUCCGUGCCGCUACGCGGCGGCGGCCUCUGUUGUUCAGCAAUGGCGGAAUAUACCUGCGUGAAAUCCACCAAGCUCGUUCUCAAGGGGGCGAAGAAGAAAAGUAAGAAAAAGCACAGAGAUAAGAAAAGAAAAAGAGAAGAAAAUGCAGAAGAUCAGCUUGAUAUUGUUGGAAGCUGGUGGGCAGUAAAAAAUUUUGGUGAAAUCACAGGAACUGUAGCAAUAGAACUGGACAAGGGAGCCUAUAUCCACGCUCUUGACAAUGGCCUUUUUACACUUGGAGCACCACAUAAAGAGGAUGAUGGCCCUAGUCCUCCUGAGCAGUUUACAGCAGUAAAGUUGUCUGAUACCAGAAUUGCACUGAAGUCUGGCUAUGGCAAAUACCUUGGCAUAAAUUCAGAUGGUCUUGUUAUUGGACGAUCAGAUGCAAUAGGAUCGAGAGAGCAAUGGGAACCUGUCUUCCAAGAUGGGAAAAUGGCUUUAUUAGCAGCAAAUAGCUGUUUUAUCACCUGUAAUGAAGAGGGAGAUAUAGAAGCCAAAAGUAAAACUGCAGGGGAAGAAGAAAUGAUAAAGAUCCGUACUUGUGCUGAAAGAGAAGCUAAGCAGAAAGAUGACAUUCCAGAAGAAGACAAAGGAAAUGUUAAACAAUGUGAAAUCAAUUAUGUAAAGAAGUUCCAAAGUUUCCAAGAUCGUAAACUCAAAAUAAGCCAAGAAGACAGUAAAGCUCUCAAAAAAGCUAGAAAAGAAGGCACUUUCCAUGAGACGUUGCUGGACAGGCGAGCAAAAUUGAAAGCUGAUAGAUACUGCAAGUGACAAAAACAAUUGGCUUGUUUGCUUGCUUUUAUAUCCUUUGGUUGUCCAACUGAACAUACUAUCUGAAUAAGACAUUUUGCAAAUGUGACUUUAUUUAUGCAAAGACUUUUUUGUUCCUUCUUCUCAUUAGAGUUAGUAUCUAGUGUCACUCUGCAUAAGAAUUUGUCAUUAUUCUGAUGAAAUGCCAUUUAGUUUAUUAUAAAACUUCACACAGUAUUGAAAUUUGGUAUGCAGAAUUUUAUCCAAAAGCAAAUAGCUUUAGCAAAUUGAAUUGUUGAAGGUUGAGAGAAGCAACUCAGUAAUCUGAAGGUCAUGAUUAAUAAUCACGAAGAGAAGAGCUGCAUACAAAACCAAACUACAAAGUUGCCCUGACCAAUUGUACUUUCAUUGGAUAAAUAAAUUUUAUCAAACUAAUGUGUCUCUGAACAUUUGGGACUGAAGUCUCAGCUUGACUUCAGUGGAGCAAUGCUGCCUGAUACCAACUGAGGAUCUAGAAUGGUUUUCAACAUUUAUAGAGAACAGUGGGUCUGUAAACAUUAAGCGAAUGUUUGCAUAAACUAUGUAGUUGAAAACCAGUAUGGGGAAAUGAAGAAAAGGCUGUCAGAAAUGUAGAAAUUGAGGUUCUUCAUGAGAAAAGGAGACCCUUUAAUUACCCAUAUGUUGCUGAUGGUUUUUAUGUUCUUUCAAAUUUUGCUAACUUAAAGCUGUUGGAUGGACUUGUUUCUAUCUUUUAAAGUAAAAAUGUUAAAGAAUGUUUAAAAUGCAGAUACUGUGCAUUCCUAAUAACUAUUACAUAGAAUGCUGUUUGCUAUUUAUGCUUGUUACCAAAAUUUUAUUUUACUAAAAACCGUUUAUAGGAACUAUUCCAACUGUACUGAUUGUAACACCACCUUCACAAUUCAGCUCUAACCUGUCGUCAAAAAGUAUUUGGUUACCAGGCUCAGCCUUUUCAUCUCAAGUCUUACUUCUAGUGAAGGCCAUAAUUUAAGUUACCUACAUGCAAUGUGUAGUCUAUGCUGGUUUUUGUGGUUUUAAAUUUGCAGCGUGGAAUUGCCUAUAACCUAAAGCAGGGGUAAUUAAUAGGGAGACCACGAGCCAAAUCCAGACCGCCAAACACUUUUAAUUGGGCCCCCAAAAUCUUUUUAUUUACUUACUUUUAUUAUUAUUGUUAUCUGGCAUUGGGACCUUGACUAUAUCUUGACCAAGAAAUUUGGACCUUGACAAAAAUAGACUACGCCUGACCUGAGGCAUAAAAAUGGGAUCAUUAAAAGAACAGGUAGAGUCUGAGCAUAAAUACCCAUCAGCAUAAGGCUGAAAGACAGCACUGCCAGUUUAAAGUGGUGUCACUUCAUAGCCAGCCUAUGUGAAAAUGAAACAGGGUGAACUUAAUUGCCUAUAUUCAGAACAAGUUAUAACUGGUGCUGAAGCCAAGUUAAGAAAGAAUUGCAGUAGUAGAGCUGUAUACACAUGAGAGUAUGUGAUGCUGGUGUCAGGGACUCAAAGACAAACAGGUGUAUAGCUUGUGCAGAUUUAUAUUGCUGAAAAACUCAAGUUGCACACCAUUUUACUGUCCCUUAUCACAUGAAAAGCUAACUGAUUAUUUACUGUAUCAGGACUCAGACUGGUGCUUGGGAAAGUUUACUGGUUCUGUGCUAACUAAGCACAUUGAUUGUUGGCUCUCCAACAUGGUUUUAAUGCCAGGAAUCGAAUGUUUUAUUUUAUACUAUUAAAAAGAUAAAGGAUCCAAGUUUUAGAUAAUAUAGAGCAAUGGAGUCCAACUCUUAGUUUUUUAGAAAAUAUAUAUAUUUAAAAAAAUAAAAACCAUAGCACUUGUCCAUUGUAUUAUCACCUACUUUUUAUCCCUUGUUGCUGUUUGUCUAGACGUACCAGAUCAUGCCAUUUACCUUCAUGCAGAGGGGACUCUGCACCUAGGUCUCCCUCAUGGAAGGAUGGGAACCAUAAGCUGCACUGUUCCCCUGUGUCCCCAGUCCUGAAGAAAGCCCUCUGCAGGUCUGAGAAAUCAUAAGAGCUAGGGAAGUGCUUGGGAAUGCACAUCCUCCUGCCCAUGCUGCAGGGAUCUCACAUGAAAGUUAAUAUAACGUGGGGCUAUAUCCCUCCUGUUGGGAAGUAGCUUUUCAAGGGGAAUCUGUCACAAGGUUCAUUUGCUGCUGCGCUGCCAAGAAGUCGGAGGGAGGGUCAAAAGACUUUCAGAGCUGCUGUGGAGUCAGAGGGCCUCCAUGCAUAUGGCUUUUGCCUCCAUGUAGAUCUCAGCAGAUCUACUUAGUCCACAGGGUGGUCAAACUUAUUACUCAACAGAAAAAUAGGCAGAAACUCUGCCAUUUUUCCUUCCCAAGCCUUUUUGUGUGAGAUUUUGCCUGAGAAGAGGACUUGUCUACAUGAGGAAAUUUACAGCCAUGCUACCAAUAUAAUUAUACUGGUAUAAUUUCCCAUGAAGACAAGCCUUUAAAUAGUAAGUUCACUGGAAGGCACAUAAGACCUAUGAGGUUGAUAGAAAUAAGUUAGAAUACAAAGAAGUUAACUUAAAGCAAGGGCCGUAGCCAUGCCAAGCUGUAAGAAUGACGACUAAUAUGAUAAAUUAAUCAGAACAACAAGAGAAAUUGCCAUCACUUUUGUCCAUUUCAUUCAGUAACCUGUAUCUGACAGUAUCAACUAACAGAUGCAUCAAAGAUGAGUGCAAGAAACCUCACAGUAGACAAUUGUGGUCGAACCUGACCUUCAGAAAAGUUUCUCCUUAAUCUCUGUUACAUAUGGCCUGAAGUAUGAGGGUUUAUAGCCUUUCGUAAACAUAACUCUAAUGCUGGACAUUUACUUGUACUAUAUAAAUGUCUAAUCCCUUUUUUGUAUACAGUGACCUGAAGAAGAGCUCCAUGUAAGCUCAAAAGCUUGUGUCUCUCCUUAACAGAAGUUGGUCCAAUAAAAGAUUCUCUCACCCA